CGAACUGGGCUACUUGGUGCCGAGCGCACAAAGCAACGUGCUUGUGUUUAUGUACUGUGGGCUCACUUUGACGUCGACGCUGCUCGGUUUAAACGCGUCCGACGGAUUCGGUGCCUAUUUUGACGUGGUUCGGAGGCCUCGGCAUCAAGGCCGUCUCAUCCGCUUCUUCCCCCUGCCAGCCGGCUGUGACGUGCCCAAGCGUCCUCGGUGGUAGUCGACGCUAAUCUGCGCUAGCGCGAUGCUAAUGCGGCUUGCUAACGUUUAGCGUCACAUGUGCCGAAAACCACAGAUGUGGCUGUUGCAAUGAAUACGAGUGGAAAUGUCCUCGUCCUGAAAAGGACGAAACGCCGCCGUCGUCGAGCAUGACGCCAUCAUAGUCCGUGCUGAAAAGUGUUCAUUAGAUGCGGCGAGAGACGAUCCGGGCUGUCCUGGUUCUGGUCCAGGUCGUGACGUUCGUCCUGACGGCGGUGCCGUCGGCCGCCGAUGUCUCGGUCGGGCCCCCCAAAUGCGUUGACAGCCAACACAUUUCGUCGGCGGUUGUAGAUGCGCAGCUGGCCGAGAAAAACCAGAAGAGACACCUGGAGGCGUUGUUCGACAGGUACGGCGAAAACGGGAGCAUCUCCCUGGUGGGCCUGACGCUGCUCUUGCGCAGUGUGGGCCUGGACCGCAUCAGGAACGUGACGGUGCAGCACCGCCAUCUUGACGAAUCGCAGGCAGCCUCCGCCAAAGAGAGGCAAAGGCGGAGCACGGACGAUGGCGAGGAGCAGCUCAGGGCCGCCGGAUCGGUUGCGGCUCGUCAGACGCGCGCGGUGGCACAUCACGUGCACGAUGAGCACCACGACGACCACAAUGACCACCACGACGAUGACCACCAUGACCAUCAGCAUGUUGAGUGCCAGAACGCGUCCAGCUUGCUGUGGUCGCACGGCAUGACGCAGGAGGGUGGCGUGGGACCAGACGACCUGGCCUUCCUUUGCCCGGCGCUCCUGCACCAGAUGGACGCCCGGGCCUGCAUCCUGCAUCAUGACCAUCGUGACCACGAUCACCAUGACGACCGGAGCGAGAGCAGCAAAAGCAUCAUGGCAGCGUGGCUGGGCGGCUUCCUGUCCAUCACAGUCAUCAGCCUGCUGUCGCUUGUGGGCGUGGUGCUGAUGCCGCUCAUGAACAAGGUCUUCUUCAAGUUCCUGCUCAGCUUCCUGGUGGCGCUGGCCGUGGGCACGCUCAGCGGUGACGCCUUCCUGCACCUCAUUCCCCACUCUCAGAUGGGCCACCAGCAUGACGGGCAUGAGGGGCACGACGAAGAUGACCUGGACGGCAUGUGGAAGGGUCUGACGGCUCUCAGCGGCGUCUACUUGAUGUUUCUCAUCGAGCACUUCCUCACGCUGGGAAAAAUGUACAAGGAAAGGAAGAAGAGGGAGCGGAAGAACAAAGACAACCUGGAAAAGCCCCUGGCCCUGAUGGACUGCCACCCAAAGCCGAGCCAAGAGACCGAGUCCAACGGCGCCGGGGUGUUUGAGGACGGCGUGGCCGAGGAGGAACAGGUGAUGCUGAAGAAGUCGGCGACGGCAGCGGCGGCAGCGGAGGGCUACACGGCAGAGGACUGCGAGAACAAAUGCCACUCUCACUUCCACGACACGGUGGGCCAGGCAGACAGCCUGCACCACCACCACCACGACUACCACCACAUCCUCCACCACCACCACUCGCAGAACCACCACCCGCACAGCCACAGCCACUCGUACCCACAGCACCACUUCCAGCAAGCCGGCGUGGCCACGCUGGCCUGGAUGGUCAUCAUGGGCGACGGCUUGCACAACUUCAGCGACGGCCUGGCCAUCGGUGCAGCCUUCAGCGAGAGUUUGUCCAGUGGCCUUAGCACCUCGGUGGCCGUCUUCUGCCACGAGCUUCCUCACGAGUUAGGCGACUUUGCUGUGCUGCUGAAGGCGGGCAUGACUGUGCGGCAGGCCGCCCUCUACAACCUGCUAUCGGCCGCCACCGCCUACCUGGGCAUGGUGGUGGGCAUCCUCAUUGGCCACUAUGCGGGUGACGUCUGCAUGUGGAUCUUCGCCCUCACCGCCGGCCUCUUCAUGUACGUGGCGCUCGUGGACAUGGUGCCAGAGAUGUUGCACAACAACGGCGGCGGCGAGCACGGUUUUGGCCACUGCGGCUACUUCCUGCUGCAGAACGCCGGUAUCCUGCUGGGCUUCGGGAUCAUGCUCCUCAUCGCUGUCCUGGAGCACCGCAUCCACCUGGAGCUGCACUUGUGACGUGGGCGCCGCCUUCCCGUCUUGUGUUCGGCCCUUUGCCUCGUAGGGCUUCUUGGUGACGGGGCGACUCGAGUGCCCCUCGCUAACGCUUUCUUCUCCACGGCCUCCAAAUGUGACUGGACCGUCGGAACCGGCCCGCUUAUGGCAAACGUUAGGUCAAGAUGUUACACUUAAAUUGUUUUCUAACUUGUUUCCUCUAAUUUGAAUAUUUUUUUAUAUAACUUGAAAAUAUUAAUGUUUUGAACUCCUCGGGGGGGUGCAACUCAUUUUAUGGAGCCGUGGUUUCCCUCAGGGGCCGUUUUGACUGUGAAAUUCACAUCGAUGUUGAAUCACUUCCUCAUCACUUUUGCAUGUCUUUGUCUGCCUCGGGUUGCGAGUGAGCCAAUUCGGAAGUCUUCGGAGACGCCAGCAGGCAUUUGGGCUGAUUUUUCUUUCGUUUUGUCUUUUAAUCCCACUCCAAGCUAGAGUUUGCUCCAAAACGUCAGAGAAACCAAAGACGAGUCAUAUAUUCUUUAUUUUCUGGGUAGAACAAGUGUUUGAUGUUAGUGCCGGGUAGAUGAGAGGGGAGGGGAGUGAAGGCCCGCUCCCAGGUGGCCAAGACAGGCGCAGCACAAAGAGCAGCGUUGGCUUGAUGCAACGUGCCAAAAACAAUGGCAUUUGGUUGAAUUCUACAUCAAGGUCCAAGUUCCAAGGUAACCGAGAGGCAUUUUUCUGACACGUACCACUCGCAACCCAAGGCACCGCUGCGUCUUUGUUUUUGACAGCAAACUGAAGUUGAAAUCGCAAGUCAAGGAAAAUAGUGAUGACCAAAUAGCAAUACGACUCGUACAGUUGCUAAGAAAAAUUCGUAAAAUGUUUAAACAAAUAUUUGCCAUGAUGAAGACAACCAUUUUUUUCCUCUCUGGUUAGGUCAAAACAAAAUUGUGUCAAAGUUAUAUGAGAGCCAAAAACCAGUAUUAAGGAUGGAUUUUUUUGCUUGGAGGUCCACUUGGUUACAGCAGCAGAUGUUCUCGUUGCAAGUUGGCAAUUUGUUUGCAAAGUGGCUCCGAUCCAUUGACAUUCCUUAUGACAAAUAAAUGUCAUAUCCACCCAA